AUGGCCAGCGUAGCCCCCGUCGAGGAAGCCCCGCCGCCACCAGUUGCUCCCUCAAGAGCAGCAGCAAAUGCCCUGCCGGUGGGCACACUGGAUCCGCAGCUGUUCAUGGCCGCUUGCUGCGGCGACAACAAUCUGCUCAAGGAACUGCUGAGGCUGGACGAGGGGCGAGUCGUCGUGCAAGUCGAGCCUCCGCUUGCUCCCUCCUCUGGCGCAGCAGCCUCGGGGUCGUUGCAUCAUCAGCUCCUCCAGCUCGAUGCGGUGACCGGCAACGAGGGGGACUCCCUACUCCAUGUCGUCGCCGCCCGCGGCAGCGGCGACGGCGGCCGCCGGUUCCUCGACUGCGCCAAGACGAUCUACCGCGGCAACAACGGCCUCCUGGCCGCACGCAACAACAAGGGCGACACGCCCCUGCACCGCGCCGCCGCCGCCGGGAGCGCCGGCAUGGUCUCCUGCCUCGUUGCUCUCAAGACCGCGGAGGCCGAGGUGGCCGGCGGCGACAUGACAGCUGUGAAGGAGUUCCUGAGGAUGCGGAACAACUGCGGGGAGACCGCCCUGCACCAAGCGGUCCGCGCUGCCAGCAAGGCCUGCAUAGACGAGCUGCUGCUGGUGGAUCCAAGUUUGGCGACCACCGUUCCACUUGAGGGCGAGGAGGGCGCUUCCCCAUUUUACCUGGCGUUUUCAUUAGGUGAAGUGAAUAUUGCACGCCAUCUAUUCGACGAAAAUAACGGCCAGCUUUCCUACUCUGGACCGGACGGACAAAAUGUGUUGCAUGCGGCUGUUUCUCGUGGUCAAGCGCUGCCUACGCUUCUGGAGUGGCUCAAGGACCUGACGGUGGACGUGCAACAAGGCAGCGUGCCUCUUGUCUCGCAUCUGGCACAGAAGAGGGACAAGCAGACGGGGAGCACUCCUCUUCACUUGGCUGCGUCGCUGGAGGGUUGGCCAUGCGUGGGGAUUCUUUCAAAGUGGUUCCCAAACGUUUGGCCGCGGCCAAAACCAGCGGUCGCGCUACUGCUAGAUGCCAACACAUGUGCAGCGGCGUAUCAACCGGACGCUGAAGGAUUGUACCCUAUACAUGUCGCUGCCUUGGCUGACAGCCUCGAUGCAGUCAGGGUCAUUCUGGAGAGGUGUCCGGACUGCGCCACCCUGCGAGACGCCAGGGGAAGGACUUUCCUCCAUGUCGCCGUUGAGGCGGAAGCGUACAGAGUCGUUGAAUAUGCCUGCCGCCGGAUGCACAAGGAGCUUCCACCCGUUAUUCUGAACAUGCAGGAUAACAACGGGGACACUGCGCUGCACCGAGCUGUCCAUGUCGGGAAUCUGCCGGUUUUUAACUGCCUAAUCCGGAAUCGGCGUGUGCAUCUGAAUAUACCAAACAAGGAUGCGUUGACGCCUUAUGAUCUCUCAUGGGUUAGAAUCCCGUCGUCGUUCUAUUAUGAUAUGAUACUAGCUCGAUCAUAUAUCUAA